AUGUCUCGUCUCGGUCCUGAGCCUCGUAUAAACUCUAGACUACUUCCUCAGUUCAAAGGUCAAACGGUCCGACUGACUGUCAAAGUCGUCAAACUUAACGGAGAUACCGCUACAGUCGAAGCUUCCGAUGGUGGACCGAUCGGAGUGGUUUUACCGAGAGAUAUACAUAUAGAAGACCCUUUCGUGGAGCUCAUUGCUCUUGUGAAAGAUGAUCUCAGCGUGAGAGCUUUGACAAAUAUCAAUCUGGGGAAGAAUAUUGAUAUGAAAGCCGUUGACGCUCUCGUCACACUCAGCAAUUCGUCCAAGGGUGUAGGGGUUUUGUGUUGA